AUGUAUGACGGCGUUGGUCUUCGGACGCCACGCGGGUCGGGCGCGAGUGGCUAUGUCCAAACGAACAAGCUCAACCCACGGGGAGCGGCGCAUGUGAAGCAUUGGUCCGAAAAUGACAACCCCGGCCCCGCACACAAGAAGCCAAAUCAGGAAAUCAUGGAUCACAAACGCAGGAGGGAAAUUGAGGCCAAGGUUUUCGAGCUUCGAAUGCAGCUCGAGGACGAUGGAUGCUCUGCCAGUGAUGUGGAGCAGCGACUCGCAUGCGAGCGCAGCAGGCUUCAGUGCGGGUCCACAGGACCAGAGGGGACUAGCAACGCGUGA